CGGCAGGUGCUUGAUGUCGAUCUUGAUGUGAGUGGGGGAGGCUGGGGAGGAGGUGGAGGGGUUCUGGAGGAGGGAGACGAAGAGGCGGCAGGGUUUUGAGAGGGGGCUGAAGGGGGAGAAGGUGGUGCGGAGGCUGGUUAUGGUGUGGAGGGGGAUGGGCAUUUUUGUGGCUUGUUAAUUCGUUUUUUGGAUUUUGGAUAUGGGUUUGGUUUUGAGGGUGGUUUUUUAUUUUAUUUUUGUUUGGGAGGCUACGAACUCUGUAGAGAGACCUGGUUAGCUUUUGUAUUUGGUGGUAGUUCUUGCGAAUCGGGGGGCUAGAGGAUGGGGUGAAGCGGUGGAUGGGGGGUAUAUAUGUACCUAUUUCAUUAGACUAUAAUGCCGUAGCUCGUUUCCUUGUCUUCAAUUGAGAUUAUGGGUGACAAGACCGACCCCUCCUUGUUCGCUCGCUUUCCCGGGUGUGUAGGAAGCUUUAAGCCGGCGGUGGAAAGGAUCAAUUCAGCGGAUAGAGAAGGCGAUGAUGAAUUCAAAGCGGAUACAGAUUAAACGGUACGCGACGUAUGCGGCGUAUUUUCAAGCAGAGGAUGGGAUGUGGAGGAAUUGGAUCUGUUCUUCUGCUCCUCUUCUGACAUCUCGAUGCGGCGUUGCGACUUUUUCGAGAUUCCGGGAAGAAAAUGCCAAGACAUUGCCAGUUGGUGCCGUGUUUGCAUUGUUGUCAAACAUCUCUCCCCCGGUCAUCGCCAGCAUCGCAACUUGCCAGCUUUAAACACCCAGAUACAUAGUUAACUAACUGCCUUAAUAUCAAAGGUAUCGUAAUCAGACAAACAUCGAAACGGCAUAGGAUCAUGUGAGGUGGUCGAGGUUAGCAUUUUACUAUGCUGAACACUGUGGUAUACUCUAAUCCGAAAUCAAGCAAACAUCACCGCAGGUAUAACCUCCCAUUAUAUUUACAACCUACGUGCACUGCCCGCGGCAAUCAUGAUCUCCCCGGGCCUUCAAACCCGCAUAACCUCCCUCUCAACAACCCACAAACAAACCAUCCCCCUAAUUCAACGUCUACAAAACCUGCCCGCUACCCCAGGCACCGGCGACGAUGCACGCCUCGACCUUGCUGCGGAGAUCCAUCUCCGUCUAAAGGAGAUGGAGGAGCAGAUGGAGUUGCUGCGUGUUGAGCUGGAGCAGUUGGAAUCUUCGCGGAAUAGGAAAAGGGAGAGUGGAGUUAUGGAGGCGGAGAGGGAGAGGGUGGUGGUUGUGGUUGGGAAGCUGGAGGAGGAUUUGAAGAGUGCUAGGAUACAAUUCCGCAAAGCGCAGUUGCAAGCGAAACGAAAUGCGGAGGCUGCGAGGCGGAAAGAGAGACAGCUGUUGUUUGCUAGGGCUGAAGGGGGAGAGGGCGGCAGCGAGGGAAUGCGGCGAAAAGGCCGUGCCGGUCUUACGCAUGAUGACCUGGUAGCCAGUGCUGCGGAAGAUAUUACUGCUGCGCUGCGGCGGACGCAUCAGCUUAUGCAAGCGGAGUUGUCCAGGAGCCAGUUUGCCCAGGAAACACUAGAACAAUCUACGGCGGCGCUUAGUUCGCUCUCGGAAUCGUACAGUACCCUCGACACACUCCUCGCCUCGUCCCGCUCGCUCGCAAUAUCGCUGCUCCGCUCACAGAAAUCGGAUACAUGGUACCUUGAAACUGCAUUUUACAUAUUAAUCGGAACCAUCAUCUGGCUCGUGUUCCGGCGCAUACUCUACGGCCCUCUCUGGUGGUUGCUCUGGAUGCCCUUGAAACUGAUGGUUCGGAUGAUAUUCCCGAUCCUAGGCGGCAUAGGUUUAGCAAAUAAAUCUUCCCAGAUACCAGGUUCGCCCCUAACAUCGUUAUCACUGAGUAAUUCGGGGGCUAGUGUCCUUUCAGAGACGCCGUCGGCGGUGAUUAAUGGAGCUACUUUGAAGAGCGCAUCGGCAUCAUCGUCACUGUCAUCAGUGGAUGCUGAGCAGACGGGAACACCGCAAGCGGAGAAUGAAAGCAUAUUGGGUGAAGUAGAGAAUAUCGUUAAGAAGGGAAGUGAUAAUCACGAGAAGGGAACAAAUGUAGAUGAUAUAUCCCCUGAAGAAAGACGGAGACAGGAGCAGUUACCUCGGAAUCCGAAGAAGAGGAUGCAUGAGGAGCCGAUCAAGGAGGAGAAGAGAAAGGAUGAGCUGUGAGGUUUUCUUUUUGGCUGUAUUUGUUUAUAGAAAGCACUGAAUAGUUAAGUUAUGAAGUGAUGAGAUAUGAAUAUCAUCUUAGAAAUAUAUCUCCUUCUGAUAAUUAAAAUACAGUUCAGUUCUAGUGGUUUGGAA